AUGUUUGAAGUGUUGCCAGAUGUUUCCUACACGCAACGGACAGUUUUGAAAGAAGAACAGGGAACAACGAUGUGUAAUAAUUCAACGAACUCAACAUCUUGGCCAAGAGAAGACGACGAUGUUGAGCGUGUUAUCUUAAUGACACUUAAUUUCAUCUUCUUAUUUGUUGGUGUGUUAGGAAACACUGCAGUUAUUAUUUAUAACAUUUUUCUGAACCACGACAAGACUCCGAGCAGCUGGUUCGUUACACACCUUGCUUUCGCUGAUCUUCUCGUCUGUUUAAUAAUUUAUCCCAAAAAAAUUGUUUGGUUCUUUCAUGCAGUAGGGAGAGAUGACAGAUUAGUGUUUUGCAAGGUAACGCAAACCACAUUUUAUGUUUCCUUAUUCCUUUCCAUAAUGAUUCUACUAUGCAUCACAAUCGAUAAAUAUCUGUAUAUAGCGAAGCCACUGAAGUAUCCACUGAUCGUGAGAAUACGAAGAACUAGGAUACUUCUCAGUUUUGUCUGUUUAGCUGCAUUGGUUCAGAUCCCACUCAUAUAUAUUUACAUGGACACCGAACAAAAAUGUGAUCGAGGAAAACGUUGUUGUUUCGACCACGACCGGUUCAACCACGACCGGUUUAUCCACGACAGGUUUACCCACGACCCGUUUAUGCACGAUCAAACAAGAAUGUGAGCAAGAAUGUUAUUUUCCACGACCAGUUGUAUGGUUACAGGUCAUACUACAGUUAGCCGCCAUUUGUGUCAUGACAAUCCUGAAUUACAAAAUGUUCAAGAUCGUCAAAGAUCAUAAACACAGGAUGGCAUCAGAAUUCGUGUUACAGCCUCAACAGUCAGAACAAGUACAGUCAGAACAAGUACAGUCUGAACAAAUACAGUCAGAACAAGUACAGUCAGAACAAGUACAGUCAGAACAAGUACAGUCAGAACAAGUACAGUCAGAACAAGUACAGUCAGAACAAGUACAGUCAGAACAAGUACAGUCUGAACAAGUACAGUCUGAACAAGUACAGUCUGAACAAGUACAGUCAGAACAAGUACAGUCAGAACAAGUACAGUCAGAACAAAUACAGUCUGAACAAGUACAGUCUGAACAAGUACAGUCUGAACAAGUACAGUCUGAACAAGUACAGUCUGAACAAGUACAGUCUGAACAAAUACAGUCAGAACAAGUACAGUCAGAACAAGUACAGUCAGAACAAGUACAGUCAGAACAAGUACAGUCAGAACAAGUACAGUCAGAACAAGUACAGUCAGAACAAGUACAGUCAGAACAAGUACAGUCAGAACAAGUACAGUCAGAACAAGUACAAUCAGAACAAGUACAGUCAGAACAAGUACAAUCAGAACAAGUACAGUCAGAACAAGUACAGUCAGAACAAGUACAGUCAGAACAAGUACAGUCUGAACAAAUACAGUCAGAACAAGUACAGUCAGAACAAGUACAGUCAGAACAAGUACAGUCUGAACAAGUACAGUCAGAACAAGUACAGUCAGAACAAGUACAGUCAGAACAAGUACAGUCAGAACAAGUACAGUCAGAACAAGUACAGUCAGAACAAGUACAGUCAGAACAAGUACAGUCAGAACAAAUACAGUCAGAACAAGUACAGUCAGAACAAGUACAGUCAGAACAAGUACAGUCAGAACAAGUACAAUCUGAGCAAAACAUGACUUGGUUACGUCAUCUUGCAAAGGAAUUGAAAGCUAUGAAGACAUUCGCCAUUAUCGUUGGAGUCUUGACAGUUUGUUUUGUUCCAUAUAUUGUCAACAACAUACUUCGUAAUUCACGCUAUCAUUCAUGGUUCUCAGAACACAUUGCAGGUCAGAUCUUUCUCCAGCUG